AUGACGAAUUUGGACUCUCAAUCUGACUCGAGCACUCUCCACUUCACCGCAGAGGGAAUAAUUUCAGCAACUGCCCCGUCGUUCCACCGGCGCCAAGGUCCCCCAGCGAGCGAUGCGACUUCGAGUAGCUCCGCUCCUCAGGCUGUCACUCAGGCGGAGGCGGGUCAUCGGACGCAAGAGAACUCGCAGAUAGCCUCAAGCCAGGUGGGCACGGAGGGUGUCAAAGGCUCUGCCAGUGCGCCGCCGCGCCACCAGCCGGGAUCUCGUGCCCCCACGCCUCCUCGCUCUGUGCGUGACGAGUCUAGGGAUCGUCAGGCUGGCUGGGACGAUCGUCGUCCUUACAACGAGAGAGACGACCGCCGACCGUACUCUGACAGGGAUGACCGCCGGUCUUACUAUGACAGAGAGGAUUCUCGCCGACCUUACGAUGAUAGGGAUGACCGCCGUCCUUAUUGCAACCGGGACUAUCGGUACGACCCUCGAGGUGGUCGUCGACCAUAUCCUCCCCGUCGAGGGUAUCCAGAUUCGAGACGUUAUCCUGGAGACGACCGGUACUAUUACGAUCGUGACCAUCGACGGCCUCCCCUGCCUGAACCUCAAAGACAAAGCUCCUCACCCUCUCCUUCGCCUUCGCCUAGACCUUCCCUGCCCCGAUCGCCGUCCCCUUCCUCCAGUACAUCGAACACCACCUAUCCACGGUCCCGUUCUCACACACCCGCCUCGAGCACCAACCACAACCACAACCACUCAAAAUCAGGCUUCCGCAGCUACAUCCACACUAAAUCGAACAAAGGCUACAACUACAACACACUUGCAAACCAAAACUACUACAGCCACACUGAGGGUACGAGCUACGUCUGGACAGCCACGGGUCGACCCCGGGGCGCCGCCGCAUCGAGCUGGCAAGGUCCAGAUCCCUCCAACCCGAUCCACCACCUCAAAUUCGCGUGUAAACCCACAUUCGACGGGAACGCUGCCACACCUACCUCAUACUACUCCACCAUCUCCUCUUACAACGCUCUACGAUCUGCGAACUCUCACUGGCGAUCGCAGAAACUUCCUUCCCCUCCAACUGAGAGUAUCGUUUUACCGAAAGUGGAGGAGUGCACUGCGGAUGUGAGGGAUCAUGAUUCGUAUUGGAGGGGUGUUAAUGAGAGGUUGUUUGGGCAUUUGGAGGAGUUUAGGGUGUUGGGGGAGGAGGGGAAGGCGAUGUUUAGGAAGGUGUUGAAUAGGGUUCCGCCGUCGCCGAGGAUGUUUUGA